CAGGAAGUAAACAGCGUUUGUUUCUGUUUCGCACCGGCAUAUGAGCAACAGAGGACAGAUACACAUUUUAAGAAUACGUUUGCUCUCAAGUAUAUAUUAUCACCGUGUUUCGAUAUAUAUUUAUACACAAAGGGACGACGUAGGCUACGGCUUGGGUUCCCUUGGGAGGUCGGUACAUAACAAAGCAUUUGUCAUGCCACCACCGAAGAAGAGUGCAUUGCCCAAACCCCUCCCAGAAGGCUUCCUACUGACUGACAGUGAGAAGAAGAAAUGGAGGCUGGGUAAAAUCAUCGGCCAAGGUGGCUGUGGACUCAUCUAUUUAGCCUCCCGUGAUGUGGACAGACCUGUUGCAGCAGACACUGACUUUGUCAUAAAACUGGAGUACCAUGAGAACGGCCCCCUGUUCUCCGAGCUCAAGUUCUACCAGAGGGCAGCCAAAGCGGAGAGCAUGCAAAAAUGGAAGAAAAGAAGGAAACUGGACUUCCUGGGCAUUCCAACCUACUGGGGAUCAGGACUCGCUGAAUAUAAUGACCUGAGGUAUCGUUUCAUGGCCAUGGACCGACUGGGCAGUGACCUUCAGAAAAUCUUGGAACACAGCGGAGGUCAACUGAAGAAGGCCACAGUUCUCCAGCUUGGACGAGGACUGGUGGACAUUCUGGAGUAUAUUCAUGAGAACGAGUAUGUGCAUGCAGACAUUAAAGCUGCCAACCUCAUGCUGGGCUGCAGAGACCCUGAACAGGUCUAUCUAGCAGACUACGGGCUGUCCUACAGAUACUGUCCUGAUGGAGUCCACAAAGAAUACAAGGAAAACCCCAAGAAGGGCCACAAUGGAACCAUUGAAUACACCAGCCUUGAUGCCCACAAAGGACUUGCUCCAUCUAGACGUGGGGACCUGCAGAUUUUGGGUUUUUGUCUUCUUCACUGGUUAUGUGGGUCUCUGCCUUGGGAGAAACUUCUUAGGAACCCAACUCAGGUCCAGGAGGCCAAGGCCAGACUGAUGGAUAAUCUUCCAGACUCAGUCCUACAGCUGUCGGUGAGAGGAGCCAGCACAGAUGAGGUGGAGGCGUUCCUCAGUUAUGUGAAAACUCUGGAUUACCAAGAGAAGCCAAACUACAAGCACCUCAAAGAUCUGCUGGCCAGUGUCCACACGGGGGGGCUGGACUUCUCUGUGCCACAAGAACCCGCAGGGGGGUCCACCACCAAGCCAACUGGGGAGAAGAAAGCAGGACGAGUCAAAAGACCAUCCAAAGCCAAGGCUGUCCCCGCAGAGGUGGAGGACGAUGAAGAGGAGGAGAUGAAGGCUAAACCAGUGCCAGCUCGCUACAUAAGAGGACCUCCCCUCACUAAACCUCAGGCUCAAUCACCGAAGGAAGUUGAAGAUGUGCCUGCUGUCAGCAGAUCAUUGAGGACAAGAGGUGCUGUGACUUAUAUGGAACAUGACAGUGAAUCUGAGGAAGAAGAGGAUGAUGAUGAUGAAGAGGAGGAGGAGGAGGAAGAGGCCAGUCCCAGACCCAUCGCUGCAUGCUAUCUGAGGGGCCCCCCUACCAGCCCCGGAGCUCAGUCCAAACAGAAAUAUACGGGCAGAAAAACAGACGGCUUUUCCGCAAUGGAGAGAAAGAAACGACAGCUCCUAUCACACAGGAGGAAACACUGUGAAGCACAGGGGGGGAGAUGGGAGGGAGGGCGGCCCACCCAUGAGUGUGUGAACCAGGGGUGGGCAGCUCUAAAACUCCAGGAGAAGGACCGUUACCCGCCUCAGAUUCAGGGGUACGAACACACACAGAACUCUGAACAGGAAGCUCCUCCCACACGCAGGAACGGAUGGUUCUCCAUGUUCUUUUUCGCCGGCGUCUUCUUCUUCCUGGGUGCUGCUCUUGGUGUUUGCCAACGUGAAUUCAAACCUUUUUGAAAAACAUUAAAGGGAUCUACCAGUCUUUCAUCACUGGAACACACUUCUUAGGACUUCUGGGCGGCCAUUUUCACCGUAAUAGGCUGAAACAGAAGGAGAAGCUUAUUGAAUGCGGUACGAGAGAUGGCUUUGUGAACAAAUGAAGUGGGCGCUUGUGUCUAACUGGAAUGUAGAUGAAGGAUUCCCAAACAAAGUCAUAAAACUGCCUUUGAUUAAAUGAUAGAUAUGGAGUAUCAAACACUUAACUUUGUGCAUCACGCAAGGAGCAGCAUGAGAAAAACUGAAUACAGUGUACAGAGAGAAGGCUAUGUAAAGAUUCGUGCUAAUUAAGUAAGAUGAAUGUGUUCUAUUGAGGCUGCAGUGAAGGCCUUUAUCUAACACACACACACACACACACACACACACACACACACACA